GCUUCAGCCUCCUUUCCCCGGCUGAUCCUGGUCAAUGUGUAACCUUGCAUCUACAGUAUUUAUCUUUUCCACCUUGUUCCUCACUUACGUUGUUUCUUCGCACCCGACGUACUCGAUCAGGUCUAAUGUUUUGGUCUUUGAUGACAUAUUUCCUCCAUUGAUCACUUCGAUACCCUCAACAGCCUCGACAGCCAACUAAACUAGCCCAGAGCCUGGUACAGUCGGAAUGGAGGCUUCAUUCGUGAACCAGCAGUUCUCUCCGUUCAAUCCAGAGACUGAGAAUCUCUUCGACACGUUCACUGAUUUCGGUGCCUAUGCCGCUACGAUAGGUUCCGGUGUGAAUUCAGACCCACAAAUCCCGGCACUGCUGUGCGAGAACGCUGCUAGAUCAGGCUCUAGGAGCACCCCCAUUUCGAUCUGCCAUCAAACGUCUGAGAGACCGAAUGAUGGUGAGGCAUAUUGCUUUGGUGGUCGAUGCCUGGGCGGAUCCUUCUGGACAAUCAAAGGCAGUCUAGAGACGCCAAGCUUGACACGUUCAAGACGCGCGAGCUCGACAGUGUCACAGGAGCCCGUAGGCAAGGACUUUCCUCUGUUCUCUUUCCCAAAUACAGUCCCACCUCCCUUCUUGCGGCCGAAGUCCUCCCAACAUCAAUGCACAGGCAUUCAAAAGGGAAUCAAACGAUCCGCGAGCCAAUAUCAAGUACACCAUCCUGUAGACUUGAUCAACCAACUAGAAGCUGUGAUCGCAGAUGAUAUCAAGUCAUCUGCCGAAUUCAAAUGGAAGACCUCAAUCUUGUUCCAGGAACUGAAGAGACUCAUUGACAGGGAGCACACCUGCGCAGACACCCAUACACACCAAACUAAAAUGCCAAUCACGAAUCCGCCUCACAGACGUACUUUCAAGAAACACGGCGACAAAGCGAUAACGCCGGAUAAAGUCUUCCAUUGCACGGCAUCUCCAUGUCGCUACUCCUCAGCAAGUGCCCCAGACUGGAAAAGACACGAAGAAACGCACUGGCCACAAGGCCGAUACAUGUGUCUAGAAUGUCCUGUAUCGCUACCAGCUCCAGACUUUCCAGAUGCCAUGCAAUGUGUCUACUGCUCGACACUCUCUCUGAGUCUUGAAGACCUGCGUCUUCAUCUGCUCAACUCCUGCGACUCGGCUAAAGACAGAGCUCGGACUUUCAAUCGCAAAGAUAAGCUUAGUGGGCAUUUGCAAAAGGAUCAUCUAGUAACUCCAGCCUCUGCUCUAAUGAGAGCAGAGAAGUGGAAAUUCGAGGUCAGCAGCAAUUGGCCUAGAUACUGCGGCUUCUGUCCAAUAAGCUUCAGAGGGUGGAACGAGAGAUCCAAACAUCUUGUAGAGGAGCAUUUCAAGAAAGGCUGCCAUAUGGGUAUGUGGCAACCUUUAAUUCCUCUGGUGGAUCCUCUCUCUUCAUUCAAUCAACUGUGCUCUUCAGCUCCUUGGACGGGCAAAAACAAAUCAGUGGCGAUCGAAACAGGAGCGAGCAUACUGAAAGGUAUCGAAGUAUCAAAUGGCGACUCAAGACUUAACUACCCUCAACAAGCACCCGCUGCCUAAUUCUUCGCUCUUCUACUUUUAGAGAAGAAGGAAGUUGCAAGGCAAUGGUAAUACUGGAUGGAAGAGUACGGGUAUGGGAAGU